ACUGUCGAUUAAGCUCUACGAAGCGAGUGUCUUAUCUUGGAGCAUCAUUCCAGAACUUUCAUGGUUUAACGCCUGAGAACUGAAAACCUAAAACCCUCUCCAGUCUUUGAAUCACCGUCUCUCUUUCUCUAACUGGUUUGCUCAAUUAUCUUAUUUAUCUAAUCCGAGGCGGAGAUGGGCACCGCUUCGAAGUUAUCCAUGUUACUCACAUCUCCAUUCCCUCUUCUCUGUUCACGCCCAUCAGUUAUACGCCUUUCUAGGUUUUCUAUUGCUUCAUUCUCAUCAUUUUCUUUAGCAAAACGUAGAUUUUAUUUGAAUUCACGUCGUAUCAGAUUAGGGUUUUCAAUUAAAUCUUCAGAGAGUAUUCACACUCAAACUACUGGUGUUCUCAAAGAAGAUUAUCAUCUAGACUCUUUGGGAUCUUCUUCUAAUUCCAGGGUUGCUCAUCCUUGGCCUGAAUGGUCUAAACUCACAGAGAAUCUUACUACUUCUGGUUACUUUGAUCGACGACAGAGUUCGGAUGAUUUUGAAGAUUUUUCUGAUGAGCUUAAACCAGCUGCAAAUGCUUGUCUUUCAUUUGCUUUCGAUCACUCUCAUCUUUUGGGAUCACUUUCUCGAAAAGAUAUCGAGGUUGUUGUGGCAAAUGGAUUGCCAUUCAUGUUCAAAGGUGCGGUUGAUUCAGAAAAAGGGAUUAAAUCAUUCUUGGGCAGAGAUGAAAACAGUGAUUUGGAGCAAAGAGAAGGUAUGAUUGAUCUGAUGCGAUACAUUUUAAGCUACACAUGCCAUUCUCCCACAACUUCAGUGGAUAAGUACACUAUCAAUAGAGAACUUGUUGAAUCAUCAGUUCGUCGUUUGUUGGAUGAGUUGUCUGAUGCAAGCAGAAAAGUCCGAGAGGCGGACUUAUCUGGCUCAAUGCCAAAGCAAUUCCGAGAUAAAUAUGGACAAAAGCCUAGGCCUCUUGGACGAAACAUUGAGAUGAAAAGAGGCGAUUGGAUUUGUUCGAGGUGCAGUUUCAUGAACUUUGCUAAAAAUAUGAAAUGUCUGGAAUGUGACGAGGCAAGGCCGAAGAGACUGCUGACCGGAGGAGAAUGGGAGUGUCCGCAAUGUAGUUUCUAUAACUAUGAGAGGAAUGUUGUAUGCUUAAGAUGUGAUUGUAAGUGCCCUAGCGAAGCCACCCCUGGCCCAAGAUCUAGUUCUGGGUUCACUAACGAGAUCAACCAAAGCAGGGCUUCUCAAGCCAACAAUUCUUCUGGCUUCACCAAUCCCAUAAACGAUGGGCCAGAAAUUAUGCCUCUGCGUAAAGGGGUGAACAGAUUUGUGGUGAGCACCCGAAAGAAACCCCUGGAGUGUUACUCUGCGGAUGAUCAGUAUCAAGUGAGCUUUGGCAAUGAUACAACUGUGGAGGGAAUCGGUUUUCAGUCCGAGGAUGUGGUGGGUUCACGUAAAACCUCGGAGUCAUCUAUCAACCAAAGCUUGGAUAGAAUCCUCGGUCGCAUAUCAUCUGCUCCAGAGAAGAAUGAUGAUAAAGUUGCAAUUGAGAAAAAUAGUGCUGGAGCAGCGAAGACUUCAAUUUCAAAUUCAGCCUCUUCUCCAUUCAGGCAAUCUGAGGGAAGCGGUUCUAAUUAUGUUCCAUUUGUGCCAUUACCGGCUGAUAUGUUUGCCAAACCUCAGGAACCGGAGAAGGAUAAACAAGUCACAUAUCAGAAUGUAAACGUGGUUAAGGCUGAUGAACAGUUGGCUUCUUCUCUCCCUUCUGAGUCAGGUGAUAGUUUGCUACUCGCUGGAAAGCCAGUAAAUCAAAUUGUUAGCAAGGAAGAAAAAGAACAAGCUGAGAAAUCAGAGAGAUGGUUUAAGAAGGUUGCGGAGCUGCAUGAUGUGACGGAUCUUGCAAGUGCUAUAUCAGAUGAUGAUUUCCCAGAAAUUAUGCCUAUGCGGAAGGGGGAAAAUCGAUUUGUUGUGAGCAAGAAGAAGGAUAGGUCUUUAACCUCACCUCUGUACAAAAGGCGCAUGGCCAUGGAGCAGGCUAACAGUACGAACUUCGUCCCAUUUGUUCCUUUCCCGCCUGAUUAUUUUGCUAAAAAGGGCAAAGGUCAGGAGCCAUUAGAAACCACAACGUCGUCUACAGAUGCCUCAUCUUCAACAUCAGAGAUUCAGGGUGGGCCAGAGAAGUCCAAGGAGCCCAAUGCCGAUACUUCCAUUUGUAGUGCUGGUCAUCAUUCUACAGAAGUGCAAGAUUAUCAACCAGCGAGUAGGAGUAGCUUGAAUACAUCGCUGUUCACAAAGAAUCCAAGCGAGAACAAGUCUGAUAGUGUUCAGGAUGGAUCCACUAGGAAUUCAACCCAAAUACCUAGCGAAGAUUGGAUAAGUCCAUCUUGGAAGAAGAACAAUAACAGGUCAGAGGCAGCAUCAAGUCCCAUUCCCAGAAGUUCAAUCCAGGAUCAGCCUGUGAGAACUCAGAAUAGUGGAACGAGUACAGACAGAGGAUUUUCUGGAAGGAGUUUAGAAGGAUCUUUAGUGACGGAACUGGAUCCUCUGGACAUGUCAGAAGAAGCAAAGGCAGAGAGAUGGUUUAGGAGAGCUUCCCAGAUAAAAGACAUAUCGGAGCUGAGUCAAAUCCCUGAUGAAGAUUUCCCUAGUAUAAUGCCAAUGAGGAAAGGCGUAAACAGAUUUGUAGUGAGCAAGAGGAAGACACCCUUAGAAAGGAGGUUGACAUCUCCUCACUACCGGAGGAAUUUGCCGAUAGUAAGCUCUGAAUCAUCGAAAAAGGAAGAAAACGAUACAAGCUAAAAAGUCAUGUAUUCAUUCCUCACAGACAUGGCUAUAUGCAGUCAGUAUAUAGAUCAUGUUAAUCUUAUACGUUAAAGAGAGGAAAUCUCAGUUUGCAUUUUCCACUAGUAGAUAAAGUUCAAAUUUCAAAUAUGUUAGAAGAAAAAUGCUUCUUCUCUGCCAUGGAAGUUUUACUUCUCCAGCUACAAUCCCUCCUUCCCCCGACCAUCAUCACUCAAGUAAGUCGUAGAUUUUACUAUUUGUGCUAUUGUUUUGAUCGCAGUUCCAGCACCUAUUGUGAAUCCUUUAUUGGUGUAUCUUAUUGGGUAAUUUACUUGCUUACUUUUAAAAAGUUAAUAUUAUCGAAAUUGAAUAA